AUGGCUGCCUACAAUGGCAAGUACGCAGAGGAGCUUAUUGCCAACGCCAAGAAGAUCGCGACCCCAGGAAAGGGUAUCUUGGCGGCUGAUGAGAGCACUGGAACCAUCGGCAAGCGCCUGAGCGCCAUCAAUGUCGAGAAUGUUGAGUCAAACCGCCGCGCGCUGCGUGAGCUGCUGUUCACUGCGCCCGGCGCGAUGCAGUACCUGAGCGGCGUGAUCCUGUUCGAGGAGACGCUGUACCAGAAGACGGCGGACGGCAAGCCGUUCGUGGACCUGAUGAACGAGAACGACGUGCUGCCGGGCAUCAAGGUCGACAAGGGCACCGUCGACAUCGCCGGCACCAACGGCGAGACCACCACGCAGGGCCACGAUGGCCUCGGCGCGCGCUGUGCCGAGUACUACAAGGCGGGCGCGCGGUUCGCCAAGUGGCGCGCGGUGCUGAAGAUCGGAGCGAACGAGCCGUCGGAGCUGGCGAUCCAGCUGAACGCGCAGGGCCUGGCGCGGUACGCCAUCAUCUGCCAGGAGAACGGGCUGGUGCCCAUCGCGGAGCCCGAGAUCCUCACCGACGGCUCGCACACCAUCGAGAAGUGCGCCGAGGUCACGGAGCGCGUGUUGGCCGCGACGUACAAGGCGCUGAGCGAGCAGAAGGUGCUGCUGGAGGGGUCGCUGCUGAAGCCCAACAUGGUGUCGCCCGGCUCCGACGGGCCCAAGGUGGACGAGAAGACCAUCGCCGCGCUCACCGUGCGCGCGCUGCAGCGCACCGUGCCCGCCGCCGUGCCCGGCAUCAUGUUCCUGUCGGGCGGGCAGAGUGAGGAGCAGGCGACGGUGAACCUGAACGCGAUGAACCAGCUGGACACGAAGAAGCCGUGGACGCUGUCCUUCUCGUACGGGCGCGCGCUGCAGAAGAGCACGCUGGCCGCGUGGCAGGGCAAGGAGGAGAACCUCAAGGCGGCGCAAGAGGUCUUCACCACGCGCGCGCGCAGCAACUCCGAAGCCACCCUCGGCAAGUACGCCGGCGGCGCCGCCUCCGCUGCCGCCACUGAGAGCCUUCACGAUCCUCACUCUGGUCUCUCUGCUGCCUUUCCUGUCACAUUCACUUGCCCCCUCCUCGGCUCCUGGUUCCUGGGUUAG